AUGUCUGGCCUUCAACGUAAAGAUAUCUUAGCAGCCGCUACAUUCCUACAGAAGCAAAUAGACGAAAACCACCCUCUCGCUGCCACUAUCUCCCUCGAGGAAGGACAACUCAUCACCAUAGUCCUUCAAUGUGUGGCCCGGAGAAAACGACGACAAAGUACGACCGAAGCACCAACGAGCUCAAUCGAUCAAGCAGCAAGCGAUAUCCUCUACCGAUUCCGAGAAACAAAAACGCCCUUGAGACUGGAUCCCAACGUAGUCUGCUUUGGUUGCUGCACGGCAGUUAAGCAACAAGAUGAAAUUCACACGAUGCGGGAGGUUAUAGGUCAGUAGCAGAAACGAUCCGUGAGCGGGAAGUUGCGCUUCGAGAACGGGCCAAUACUAUUGAGGAGUUGAGAGGACAGGUUAUACAACUGGAGUUAGCGGCGAGAGGUGAUAUUGCUUUUGAAGAAGAGUUAGCUAUUAUAAAGGAACUUCUGGGGACGAUUCAGGUUAACAAUUUGGAUGUUGAUGAACGGCGGUUGCUUGUUAGAGCAAUAUAG